UUUGAUAAUGAUAAUGCUUGUCAGAGUUUGAUAUUCACCUACGUAAAUAACAAAAAAUGUUGCAACAGACAUCUUGGUUGUCGACAGGUUGUUUAUUCGUGAAUUCGUGAUACAGAGAGACUUUUUGUAUUUCUUCUAUAAUUAUAUCCUAUACGUUGUAAUUUAAAGUUUGAGUAGUUCAUGAUGUUAGACGAGCUGGCCAUCGAUUAUUCCGAGUACUUAAAAGUCAACAAUGAAAAUGAGGUUAGCGCGUUAAAAGAUGUAGUCGAAGAUAUGCUUACCAGAUUGGAAGAAUUUCAGACAUUUAUGGAAAUGGUUCGUGCACUACGAAUGGAAAGUACUGAGAUGCAUUAUGAUUCAAUAAAAGCUAUGAAGUCUAAGGUUACUGAACUAACAGACUCUGUAAACAAAUUAGAAAAGCUAGUUAAUAAAGUUGGUGAAGACGUAGAAUUAGUCGACCAACAACUAACUGAAGCUGAGGCUUGUAUGCCUAUUAAUAAGGACGGUCCACUGAAUACAAUUCUAAAACCCUUUUUUAAAAAACAAGAAGACCAUUCUUCUAAGCAAUUACCUGCCUAUGAACCGCCAGUAAUUUUUAAGUCAGACGAUUAUUUUCUGGCAACAGAAGCAAAAGAUGCACUCAAAAUUAUUGAAAAUGAUGCUGCCACUAAUAAUUAACUAAAAAAAAAAAAAUUACUUUAUUUAUUUUUAAAAUUAUGUAUGGGAUUAAACUAGUAUAAUAUACAUUAUAUAGUUUUACAUA